UUUCAGAAAUACCAAAUCUCUGCUCACUUGAAAUCACGAUGCCAGUCAUUCACUUGUCAAGCGCUCGAAAGGGAAAUGCUGAGUUCAAGUUUCCAAACACGCUCCAUUUCCGUCAAACAGUCAAAGAAAUGUUCGAGGAAAUCUACAAGCCGAUUCUUGAUGCCGUGAAGGUUCCCCUGCCUUCUGACGCAGUCGUUGGUAACCCGGACAAGUUUUCCCAGUAUAUUGAUGCACUCAAUCUGAAACUUGCGCAUCCUGAUGUGCUUUCACGAGUCCCUGCAAAGCAUCACGAGAUCACGUCAACUAGAUUAUGUUCUUUGACAGUUGCGAUCAAACUCGCUGAACUUGCGUAUCGUUUCUCGGUGCCAGACGCCAACGUGCUCCGCCACUACGCUGUUGGAACGUCUACAGUGUACGGAGAGCUCCAUUGUUCACAAAUGGCCAGCUUUGUGGAUCAACUCAACAUGGGUCCUUCCGACUAUUUCAUGGAUUUGGGAAGUGGAAUCGGUCAUUUGGUGAAUUUUGUUGCUGCCUACGCAAGAACUCAGAUGAGCGUCGGAGUUGAGCUCAUGGAUAAUUUGGCAGAAAUUGCCGAAAAGAACAAAGAGUUCAAUGAGCGACUCCUCAACCACUUCGGGAAGAAGGUUUACGCAACCCGGUUCAUCCAUGGCUCAUUCACGAGUCCGGCCGUCAUCCGAGAGAUUCAAACCAAGGCCACCGUCAUCCUCGCAAACAAUGUGCGCUUCGAUCCAGAGCUGAAGCUUCAGCUCAAAGAGAUCCUCAUGGGCUGCAAGGAUCGAACUCGAAUCAUAUCCUCGGAGCCGCUGGUCCCAAGUCGUGCUCGUCAAACGAAUUCGCGUCGUGCCGAUGAUUUCGUCAAAAUCUCGGAUGAGUCUCUUCUCAAUCUCGUUGACAACAAUGUAUCGUGGACAAGUAGAAAAGUGCCAUUCUACUUGACUACAAUCAAUCGCAACAAGUGAUCAACGAGGCCUUCUACAUUCAUCACACCAUCUGCUAUCACGUGUCAUUUAAUAAUGUUUUCGGUUAUUUUUCAAUUAGGAUCUCCCCCUUCCCUCCUCCUCAAUAUGACCAUCUAUGUUGCCUCCUUUUUGUUUUUCGUUUGUUCUGAUCCGGAUACCAACCGUCUUCUCUUUGUACUAUCAAACUUGUUGGUUUCAUAAAUUCGUUUCUUGUUU